AUGCGAAAACUGGCCCAACUGCAAGCACCGCAGCCGCCACCGGAUGAACCUUCGUCAGGUUCAACGGGGUUCGGAAGCAGUCUGGGACGUAUAAUGCGACCUACGAACGAGCUCAAGAUGCGGUGUACCGAACUUGACGAACACGGCAAUGUCACACUUGUUAGCGGAGAGUUCAAGAAGAGCGAGCUGAUCGCCAAGUACGGUCUGCUUCCUCGCGAUCUCCGCAAAAUCGAUUCGUCGCUCCUCCCACACAUUCUCGUCCGGCCGUCUGCGAUCCUGAUAAACCUCCUCAACCUUCGUGUCCUCCUCAAGCACAACCGUGUACUUGUCUUCGACGCCUACGGCACCACCGACUCAAAGUCGCAGUCUGUCUUUAUGUACGACCUCGAUCUCAAACUCCGCCAGAAAGAGUCCACAGUCAACGGCACCCUCGCCUACGAAUUCCGAGCACUUGAAGCUGUCCUCAUAAGCGUAACACUGAGUCUGGAAAAGGAGUUCGAAGGUGUCAGUGAGCCAGUCGUGCGAGUUCUCAGGGAGCUCGAGGAAGACAUCGAUAGGGACAAGCUACGGUACCUGCUCAUCUACAGUAAGAAGCUGGGUAGUUUUGAACAAAAGGCACGACUAGUCAGGAAUGCGCUCGAAGAAUUGCUGGAAGCGGACGAUGAUCUCAGCGCCAUGUACUUGACUGAGAAGGCUGAGGGCAAGACGCGCGAAGACGACGAUCACACGGAAGUCGAGAUGCUCCUGGAAUCUUAUCACAAGGUCGCCGACGAAAUCGUUCAAGCAGCUGAGAACUUGGUGUCGAGCAUCAGGAACACCGAGGAGAUUGUCAAAGCCAUCCUCGAUGCCAACCGUAACUCCCUCAUGCUUCUCGACCUCAAAUUCUCGAUCCUUACCCUCGCAAUCACAGCCGGAACCUUCGUCGCCGCUCUAUACGGUAUGAACUUGAAGAACUUCAUUGAAGAAUCCGAUCUUGGUUUCUUCGGCAUAAGCGCCUGGUGUUCAGUCUUCGGCUUCUUCGUCGCUGUAUACGGUCUGUCAAGGCUUCGAAAGGUACAACGGGUCAGCAUGUAUGGCCACGGACCUGGUGCGCUCGUUAGCAGGGAGCCAACCAGGCCGACUGUAGCUCCAGGCGGAGGAUGGGGCCUAGGUGCGUGGGGUGGUGGCAGUAGAAACGGGGUCAGCCGAGGAGACAUGGGCAGCACAAUGCCGACCGGAGCACCGGAUCUGGGAGGUAUUACGAAGAGAGGUGACACUCUAGCCAGCGUUAUGGAAAGAGAAAGAGCGUUGGCGAGAAAGUUGGCCAAGGUCGAGCAGAGGGCUGACGAUGCUACGAGACGUUGA